AUGGACGAGGUGGUGGAGUUGCAGGACAUGGAAAACGUGUGCAGGCUUUGCCUGUCCACCGAUGAUCCGAAGUCGUCGGUGUUCGGAGGGCAAGACUCUCCGGUUUCGUUGGCCAGUAAGAUACAAGCUUGCUUGUCAAUACAGAUUUUAACCACGGAUAAGUUAUCCACACAAAUAUGUGAGCAAUGUGUUAGAAAUGUGAAUGAGUGGCAUGAUUAUAAGGAAGCAUGUCUUCGUUCCCAAGACAAAUUACACGAAUGGUUUGAAAGCCAUUUACGAACAAGUCCAACGGUUGUAACUAUUAAGAAUGAACCAGUUGAUUUAGACUUUUGUGAAGAUAACAUUGAGGUACUUUCAGAAUCUACCAAUGAUUCAGACAUGGAAUCCACAAAUCUUGUAGAGAAUAUAAAUCAUUUAGCAAUCAGUAAUCAAGUUCAGGAAUUAACUGAUGAUGAAAUAAUAUCAGAGGGAGAUCAACCGGUAUUGACAAAAGAGAUGGACAUGUGUGUAAAAGCAGAACCACCAGAGGACUAUGACACAGACUGUACGAUAGAAAUAGAAUCUGUUACUGGUAGUGAACUUUUGUUGAAUCCCCUCUCAACUCAGGAGGAUAGGAUUAUGGAAGCUGAUUCUACGCAAAAGUCCAAUGCAUCUGGAUCAGCAAGCAAGAAAAAAGUCAGAAGGGGUCCGCACACACAUUUCCGGGGGGCACGCGUUUUCAAACAGAAAUGUGUGCACUGUCAAAUCAAUUUACAUUCUAAAUAUACCUACACAAAACAUAUGGAAAGAUUUCACAGUGACAAACAGAAUGGUGAUGUCAAUAAUUUGGAGUUGCAAGACGACGAGGAACACGUUGAAGAUUUGGAGGACGAAUUAAUGACCAUGGAAAAAGAUGCUCCGUUGACGCAAGUACAGCAAAAUAUUAUCAGUCAGUUGAAAACAUUCUCGUGUUACUCUUGUCAGCAAUCCUUCGUCGACCGUAGAAGUACGCUAUCGCAUAUUCGUCAGCAUAUGCCAGAUCUAAGACCAUACACAUGUAUCGCAUGUUUAACGGAAUUCCCGGAUCGCUCGAUGUAUAAACUACACUGUGGAGCGUCGUUUGAAUGUGCAAUGAAGAUUGCACUGGUGAUACCGAAACACGGCGAAGAGAAGUACUUCACGUGUAAUAUGUGCUUGCGUUCUAUGCAAAACAGACAGCAAUUGCUUAGCCAUCUGUUGAAACACUCGGAUAAACAGUACGAAGAAUUGGUAUCACCAUCGAGAUCUCCUCCUAAGCUAAAGGCAAUGACUCCUCUGCCACCUGCCAAGCAGGAAGUAACAAAGAAAUCGCUUGAACCAAUUAGGGUCAUACCUCGCCCGUACAAGAAUGGCGAUCCUGCGCAUAAUCAUGUGUGCGACUUGUGCGGUAUGAUCUAUAGGUACAAACCCAAUAUGUUAAAGCAUAGAGACUUGUGUCAACGUUUGCUACCCGAGGUACGAACAUCCUACAAAUGCGUUCUUUGCGGUAUGACGUAUCUCAUCUUCACAAAGUUCCAGAAUCAUGUUACACAGAGUCACAAGAAGAAGGUCUACACGUGUUCUGAAUGUUGGGGCAAGUUUAGAUCUCCCAACGAUUACUUGGAGCAUCAUGAGACGCAUCGUAAUAAGACGAAGUCCAACGACAAGAAUGAUUCCAAAUCCAUGCAGAGCAUCUCGACACCUAUCCGGGACUGGGACACGUUCGAGGCUGAAAUGAACACGGUCAGGCUGUCGGACAGUAAAGGAUACAGUUGCGCCCUUUGCAACCUAGAAUUCGCUACUAGAACCGAGCUAAUGGAGCACAGAAAUCUUCAUUUGAAGGUGAAGAUCUAUUCUUGCGUGAUUUGUCGUAGCAUGUUCAGCAGCGCUGGUGCAUUAGAGAUUCAUAUGAAAGACCAUGGCAUAGAGGACCCAAAUGAAAGAAACGCGAACAUCUCGUGUGUGGAGUAUGGUACUGUAGAGGAUGAUUCGCAAGACUCGAACUCGAUGAACGCGAGCGCUAGCUCAGAUCCUGGUUCGAAAAAGAACGAGUGCGAUUUAUGCGGUAAAAUGUUCUCUAACUCCGCAAACCUGAAGAGGCACAUAAGAAAUAUUCACACAUUCAAUAGAAACCACGUUUGUUGUCCCCAUUGUUCACAGCUAUUCAGGACCAAAGAGACACGCGAUCGACACAUCGCGCUCGAGCAUGUGAACUCCUCGAAGGCCAUGCUCGUUUGUCCUAAAUGUCCAAAGUCUUUCUUCUUUCAAGCAAAUUUGAACCUUCACUUCCGUACUGCUCACACUGAGAAAUUGCAGGCUGGCCACAAGUGCGACAUCUGCGGCAAGGAGUUCGCUGAGGAAGCAUCACUGAAGAUACACAGGAGCUGGCACAGUCGGUUGAACUCUCGAUUCAAUACGCAACACUUGAUGAACGAGGACCAGAAACCAAUGAUCUCGCCCAAAAAGGAAGUAUUUAACACAAAUACAGGCCGUCCGGCUAGAGCGCGAAAAUCCUUCCCGAAUCCACCUCCCACAAAGCCUACUGGCAAUUUCCAAUGCCAGGUCUGCAGUGACAAGUUCAACGACGUGACAGAGCUGAGGGAACACUUGUGGGACGUGCACUGUGCCCGCAACAAGGCUGAGAAGAAUUUCUCAGGUAACGAACUUCAAUGUGAGCUCUGCACGAACGUGUUCUCCGACAGGGAGACGUUAAACAUUCACCUACAGUGGCACAAGGCUCAUCCCAUCCUCAGCGAUAUCAGGAAAUCAAGAUUCCCCUGUGAGAUCUGCGGGAAGCUGUACAGCUCCAAGAAGGUACUAACGAGACACAAGAAACUCCACAAAGCUACUGCAGUUGCAGUCACGAAGUUCCAGUCGGUAGUCAAGAAUUCUGGGAGCAGCCAGGCCUUGUGCAGCAUCUGUCACAAAUUGUUCAGCAGCAACCAGGCGCUGCAACGUCACAAGUUGAAUCUGCACGGCAACAUAUUCACUCAGAGGCCACAAUCGGUAUACAACAGCACGAGAAGAAUGACCCAGGAGGAGCAGCAUAGGCCCAAGAGGGUGAAGCAAGAGUUACUGGAAGAGCAGAAACCAUACGCCAUGGACGCGAUGAACGCUGGCAAGAAGUCGGUGAUGUGUCACGUAUGCAGAAAAUUCUUCGCCAACAUGAGCGUGCUGUACAAGCAUAAGCAGCUGAUGCACAACAAAUCUAACCUGAUGAAGAACCACGCGAAGAUCUCAAUGAACGAGUGCGUGCCAAUUCCAAGCACCGAUGGCACGUACUCCUGCAACAUCUGCUACAAGAAGUUCCCUGGCGUGCCCAAUCUGCGUCAGCAUUUCACCGUCAAGCACAAAAACCUUCCGCCCAAGUUCACCAGCAUGAUCUUCAGCUGCACACUGUGCGACAGACACAUGUUCAACAGACCUGCGAUGUCGAAUCACAUGUUGACGGCACACAACACCGUCUACGACGCGCACAACAGUACCAACUUCCACAGGGAGAUGGAUUUGAACUCGUACACGGUGGAGGGUGCGGUUGGUGCUGUUUGCCCACGAUGCAAAGUCAAGUAUCCCAACAACAAAGCUAUGAAGAUUCACUACUUCAAAUUCCACGAAGGCUCAGACCUGUAA